AACAGUCCCAAAGGACUGACGACACAGCUAGAAAUUAAAAAUAAAUAUAUAAAAAUACAAAAAAUGCCUAUCUCGAACAGCUCCACUUCUUCCACAAAGACUAUUGGCAGGGCAGGAUCUGAACUUGACAGAUCCGAUUCGAUUACGUCCCCACGGUUCCUGGGCAGGCGACAGAGUUUAAUUGAAGAUGCGAGGAAGGAGCGCGAGGCUGCGGCCGCGGAGACGUCGGAGGCUGCAGAUCAGAUCGUCUUCGAGGAGGAGGAUGGAAAAGCUUUGAUCAACCUUUUUUUCACUUUCAAGAGCUCCAAGGGACAGGUGCUGUCUCGGGCACUGAAGGUCUUUGAGACUUUUGAAGCAAAGAUCCACCACCUGGAGUCUCGAGCUAGCAGGAAGCCCAGAGACAGUCUGGAGGAGCUUGAAUAUUUUGUGAGGUGUGAGGUGCACCUGUCGGACGUGGGUACGCUGAUAAGCUCCAUGAAGAGGGUCGCAGAAGAUGUCCGCACGACCAAAGAAGUUAGAGUUCACUGGUUCCCGAAAAAAAUCUCAGAACUGGACAAGUGCCACCACUUGGUAACCAAAUUCGACCCGGAUUUAGACCAGGAUCACCCGGGAUUUACUGACCCCAUCUACAGGCAACGGAGGAAAGCGAUUGGAGAAAUUGCCUUCAGAUACAAACAUGGUGAACCUAUCCCCAGAGUUGAAUAUACCGAGGAAGAGAUUGGCACAUGGAGGGAGGUCUACAAUACUCUGCGGGGGCUCUACACCACCCACGCGUGCAGUGAGCACCUAGAUGCGUUUCGCCUGCUGGAGAGGCAGUGUGGCUACAGCCCCGACAACAUCCCCCAACUGGAAGACGUUUCCCGCUUCCUUAAAGAGCACACGGGGUAUCAGCUGCGGCCGGUGGCAGGUCUCCUCUCCGCCAGAGACUUCCUGGCCAGCCUGGCCUUCCGUGUAUUCCAGUGCACCCAGUACAUACGCCAUGCCUCCUCGCCUAUGCACUCGCCUGAGCCGGAUUGUGUCCAUGAGCUACUAGGUCAUGUUCCCAUGCUGGCUGACCAUACAUUUGCCCAGUUUUCCCAGGCCAUUGGCUUGGCUUCCUUGGGUGCUUCUGAAGAAGACAUAGAGAAGCUCGCCACUCUGUACUGGUUCACAGUGGAGUUUGGCCUCUGCAAACAGGGGGGAGUAAUCAAAGCCUAUGGGGCAGGUCUGCUGUCCUCCUACGGAGAGCUUGUGCACUCCCUGUCAGAUGAACCUGAGAGGAGGGACUUUGACCCAGAGGAAGCAGCCAUGCAGCCCUACCAGGACCAGAACUACCAGCCUGUCUACUUCGUGUCUGAGAGCUUCGCAGAUGCCAAAGAGAAGCUCAGGGCUUACGUUGCAAGAAUCAAGAGACCGUUUUCGGUGCGGUUUGACCCGUUUACCUGCAGCAUAGAGGUACUGGACAGUCCGCUGAAGAUCCGAGGGGGCCUGGAGUGCAUGAAGGACGAGCUGAAGAUACUGACAGAUGCUCUUAAUGUUCUGGAUUAGUGUGUUACUUGUUCUACAGCCACUCUACUUCUUGCUUGCUUGAGGUCUGAUACUAUAUAGAUUGCUGUGUGUUUCUAUGUACUUUUGCUGCUACCGGGUUUAUUUAGAAGCAGCUCAGUGACCAUCUGGAAACGAUGUGCUGAGUAUGUUUAAUAAAGGUCUGACAGCAGUGAUUUGUUGAUUCCAUAAUGUCAGAUAUUUCUUGGGGAGAACGUACAAUUGUGAACCAAGGGAUAUGUUGCUACUUCAAAGUUAAGCACAUACCAGAUUCAAACAGGCUGUAAUAUGUCAGAUAGUUCAAAUAACGGAUGUAUUUAUGUUUUCCAGAGGUGGGUAUGUAAUGUGUUAAACUACGUGCAGUUCUAUAGUACAUUAAAAUAUGUAUUUUAAUCUGGUACACAAAAUUCCUGUGUUAAAAGUUAUAUAUUAGAUACAAAAUAACAUACAGUAGGUCUGAUUUGCAAUUAUAAUUGUAAGCUGUAUGCUACUUGCUAUGUAUUAACUGAAUAAAAAGCAUAUUC